AGUUAAAUAUACUGAAAAAGGUGAAAUCGUACUGACAAUUUCAAUGUUGUCGAAAGAAGAUUUUGAAGAAAACAAAAUGAGUUCUACUCAUGGUCGAAUGAAUAAAAAAGGAAUUCUGUUAAUUGAAUUACAUGACACUGGUAUUGGGAUGAAUCCUGAAUAUAUUCAACAUGCCUGGGAAAGCUUUUCACGAGGUGAUACGUCAAUAACCAGGAAGCAAGAUGGUACAGGACUUGGUCUCUCAAUUUGUAAAAGUUUAGUAGAAAUUAAUGGAGGAGAAAUUAAAGCAGAAAGCCAGUUGGAAGUAGGAAGUACAUUUUGGUUUACAUGGAAUAUCGAACUAUUAUUCCCGAUUACGCCAACUAAUUCAUCGUCAAUCAUACCAACUAAUUCAAAACUCCCAGCUUCCUCAUUAUUCGAGGCACAAUUUGAUAAGCAAAUAAACUAUACAUUACCUAAUUUUAUAAGAAAAAAACGAAUACUAAUAAUUCACCCGAUUAAAAAUAUGAGAACCGCAAUGUUAACAUAUUUUAAAAUUGUUGAAAAAGUUGAUGCAUUCAGUACCUUUAAUGAAGGUAUUAAAGCUGCCCAAACAUAUAAGGAAUUGCAUAAUCAAUUUGAUUAUGACAUAGCAUUCAUCGGUCUUUACGAAGAUAAUGAAGAAGAGGUCAUGAAAGCAGCAUUAGAAUUAAUAGAAUUAGAUAUGGAUAGUAAUAGAUUAGUUAUAAUUUUUAUAGUAUUUCCGAAUAAUGAAGGAAAUGUGUUAGCAAGAAACUUAAUUAGAAAGCUUGGAGGAACCACUUCUGUUAUUUACACUCCAAUUACAUUAAAGAAGUUAAUUAAUCAAGUGAUUCAUCUGGAAAAAAACAUUACUACUGAUAAAAAUAAUACAGACCAACAUACCGAUGAAAGUAAUGAUACAGGUAUUCUAAAGCGAGUAGUAGACUAUGAACUUUAUAAAGUUGAAGGUGCGAAUCAAGAUAUAUAUGAAAAUAUAACUGGAAAAGAUUUAAAGAGGAAGUGUAUUUUAUGUGUGGAUGGGGAUUCUAUUAGUUUAAAGAGCACAUUGCAACAAAUUUCGAAUCUUGGUUAUUCAACUAUUUCUGCAGCAAAUGGCCAAGAAGCGGUCAGAUUGAUUGAUUCUGAUGUUAAGUUAUUAAGACAUUCGUACUCGAAUUCAUCAAAUUCAGAAAUAAAUCAAGUGGAAUCUUGCAGAAUAUCGUUAAUAUUAACUGAAUAUAGUUUGCCAAUAAUGUCAGGGUUUGAUGUUUCACGAGCAAUUAGAGCAAUGAGACCACCAAUUUCAAAUAUACCGAUUAUUGUCCUAACUUCUUUAUCCGUGAAAGAAAUACAAAACGGAUAUAUCGAGUCAGGAAUAAAUGAUUAUCUCGCGAAACCACUGAAAACUGAUGAACUUGAAAAAGUUUUAACUAAGUGGAUUG